AUGGGCAACAAACCACAAGAAUUCGUCUUCGUCAAUGGCCCUACGUUGGCUAGCGGUUCCAACGCACAUUCGCGAAAGAUUAAGUCAGCUCUAAUAAAACGAGGUAUCUCCGAAAAGCAAACAAACUAUCGCCGUGAGGAAGCUGCCAGGAGGGAAAGGUUGAUUGACCAGAGAAAGGGACAGGGAGAUCAUCAACAUGCAUUCAAGCAGCUUUGCCUCUGUCGUAGAAAAUCCCAGGGCUCUGGCUCCGACCAAACUCAAACGAUCCACAGUAGUCCAACGUUCCUCGUCACUAACGAUGGAGCUACAGUUUGUGGGACCUGCAGUAGGCCGCUGUCCCUCGACAAUUUGAGGACCAAUGGCAACCAGAAGACUAAAGAGACUCCCUCGGCCUUGUCAGCUGUGAGUGGAAGGAUGGACCCAUUCUCCCCACUAGAUGCGAGCUGGGGACCGCAAGUCGACAGCCUAGUGCAUUUCGCUUUGACCUCCAUCUGGCCGGCAUUUCGGCAAUCGAACUAUGCCGGGAGUUGUUAUCAGGCUUGGAUCCAGCAAUCGUCUCAAAAUAAGCUCUUAAUUUAUAGCACCUUGUGGUCCGCGUCCUAUCACAGAGAUGUAUUACGGAUUAGCUACGGUGCCCCUGAUCCGGCGUUAGAGACCAAAGAGCAACUGUACUACAAGGGCCUUGUCUUGAACACGCUGCACAGCCAUGUGGCAGACUACACAGAUGAGACAUGGCGUGACAGCGUGAUCAUGUCUGUUCUAUACCUUGCUGUUAAUAAUCUCGUUAAAGGAAAGGUAGCGCGAGACGCGAGUCCGUUUACGACUCCUUUUGUGAACUUACAGUCUCUGUCUUUUUACGGUAGCAGAGAAUACCAUGAUAUGCACUGGACAUUCAUCCAGACCCUCCUAAAACGUCUUGGAGGGAUCCACUCCAUCAGGCUAUUUGGACUAGGCUGGCUGCUGUCAAUCGCAGACCUAAUGUUCUCCGCCCACUCCUUGACCAAGCCUCAAUAUCCCUUGAUAGACGUACAGGGGAAUAUGUACAACCUGCCUUCACCGUUACAUGCCUUUCGUAUCUCACCAGAACGGGCGUCUCUUCCUGGAUCGGGAUUCCAAGAGCUUUUAUCGCUUGCGCCACCCGUGAAAGAAAAGAUCGCGUAUGUAUUCGUUCACUUAGGUGAAUAUUCGAAUAUAAUUCGAUUAUUUUCCAAUCACGACCUGGCGACUUCAACCCUCGAUCUCAUUGCAGACGUUCGGAAUCAAGUGCAUCACGAUUUGUUUAGCCUACCGAACGAGCAUGACUCGCCCGACUGCGUUAUCGAACAACCGAAUGGUCCUGGUGAUGACUCUCUGUCUCUUGAGCUAUAUCAUGCUUGCAGGCUCUCUGCCCUACUAUACGCGCUCCAUGUCACAUUUCCCGUUCCGAAGUCUUCUGCACCCCAAGCCAUGAUUGUCCCGCAGCUCACUGAGAAACUUCAUCAUGUUAGCCAGAAUAUGUCUAGUACGCUGCUUCUAUGGUGUGCCACGGUGGCUGCUAUUGCGGCAGAGGGGAUGAUUCAACGCCAAACCCUAGUCCAACUGACCGACAAAGUCCGGUUAGACUUGCAGAUAUAUCAGCUGGCUCACGCUGUUGAAGUACUCCAUUCCUUUGCCUGGGUGGAUGUCGCCUGCUUGGACGGACUCUGUAGGCUUUGGGACGAAAUCGUCCGGCUUGGAUGA